AAAAAAAUGGCGGACACAAAACACGUGCUUAUGGUGUCUGCUUGAAGAUUACCAAACAGACGAUCUUAGAAAUUCUUGUUCUGAUUCUCCGGACAUAAACAUAAAGAGAUCAGCGUAUAUUCUCCAAUUAUGGCCGAAAAAUGCUUUAUAAAAGAACAUCUAUGGCUCGUAAAAGAUGAUCUAGAUGUAAAUAGUUGCAUUAUCAAGUCUCAAGUUAAUGCUGACUCCCAACAAAUUAGGAAUAUUAAAGAUUCGCUGAACUCAUCAGAUAUUGACGAACAAGAGAACGGCUUAGAUAUUUUAGCUUAUGCUCUUAAAAACUGCGAUUUAAAGUACUUGGAAUUAAAUAUUGUUGAUUGGUUAAGAGCAUUACUUCAUAACUUUAUUAACAAUAAUGGAUCACCUUUCAAAUUGAAAGCUAAAUCCUUAAAUGUUGCUGCUUUACUUUUCUAUCAAUUAAACGCUAUUCCUACAGUAAAAGCACAAAUAAAGAAAGAUUAUACAAACAGUAUCUUUGAAACUGUACUAAACCUAAAGUCUACGAGAUGUUCAAUUGCUCAAUUAAUAUUCCUUAGAACAGUGCUAUCCGUGUUUCCUCAUUCCAUUGGUAAUCUAAAAAUGAAAAUGGAGAAAUUUACCUUAAAUUUUUUGAAAAAUGAAAAACCUCAACCAGAAGUAGUCUAUGAAGCUGCUAAAACGUUACCUUAUGUUUUAGCUAUGGGAAGUGUUAGUGGAAGCUCUGGCAAUCCUGAAAAUACUUUUGCAAAACUUUACUUUCGAAUGUGCUGCAGACUACUUGUUACUUGUCACAAACUACUUGAUUUUCUAAUCAUGGAUGAAUAUAAAGGAAAGGAAAUAGAAAAGGAGUUAGAUGCCCAACCCAUUUUAGAAGGAAUACCAGAUAUGAAUGGUUCUUCUGCUAAAAAACCAAGGAGAUAUGAAGAUGACGAUGAAUUAACGCCUACUAAAGCAGCUGUAUACUUUGAAAUAAUGAUUUUUACCUUACGGCAACUGUUGACAACUCCAACCAAAAAUCAGGUUGAAAUUCCCGUAACACCUAUAAUUGAACUAUUAAAUAGGAUAGUGAACUUUUGUGCCUUUUCAAAAGAGGAGCUGCUACCUCAUAUCGACGGUAAUUUAACUUGGAAUCAUAUCGUUUACUACGCAACAUUAGUGCUAGAAUCUCUAACAAAAUCUUGCAAAGAGACUACUGUCUCUAGGUACAAAAACUUUCUGGAUAUUUAUAUCUAUCUAUUAGAAGAAACAACGAACUAUAGAAGCAAACAAAAUAAUGGAAUCAUUCGGAAAACGGCUUAUGCAGGUCUAGAGGCUUUGCUAAAGAAUUGUUCUGCCAUUCAGCCUCAUGCUGAUAAUAAAACUAUUGUUAAAAUAUUGAAAUUUGCAAUUAUCGACUGUAAAGAAGAUUGUAGACAAGGAGAUGCCUCAAAGCCACCAGUAUUUAACUUUGAACGAAAUGAGUGCUCAAAAGUUGCCUGUUUACGAGUUUUGAUAACUUAUGUCCUGAAUUAUGGAAAGCACAUCUCUGGAGAAAACUUCCAGAGUUUACUUUCUUUUCUAUUCGAGAAAAUCUUUCAAGUUCAAAUGGAUUUAAAGAAAAACAAUUUCAACAAUUCCAGCUUUUCAUAUUCAGUCAAUUAUAGGUGGGACCAACUUAAAAAUCCUAUCUUAAACUCCAAUUAAUUAAUAUACUUUUUUUUAGAUAUUCUCUCUACAAUCUCUUAAAAAUAUGUAUAUUGAAUUGUAGUUUUGAUUUAGAUCCUCCAAUCAACUACUCUGCAGUUGCAUUUAGACAAGGAUUAUUAGAUCCAAAUCAAAUGGUAUGUAUUUCUCUAUUUAUACAUGUACAAAUGUUUUUUCAAUUAAAACAUCUUUAUUGUUAACAGAUAGCAGACUUGUCAAAAGAAGCAAUUAGUUUAUGUUCGAUACUUUCAAAUUGUCAAUAAAAGUUGUUAAAUAGUUUUUGAAUAGUGUGUUUUUAUUUUGUAACAUUUGAAAGAUAAAACAGUUAUGUUAAUUUUACAAGAAUAAUAAAUCACAUUGUAGAUUUGAUAUUUCAUCUUCUAUUUGGACAAUACAGUGUCCGGCUCUUUAUAUAGAUGACUGAUAGCUGCCUAAUAGUAUAAAUCUAAUAUAGUUUCAAAUCUAACAAUUGCGUUAUAAUUUUAUUUUUUAACCUGCCGCCUGAUCACAACCAAAUUCUCUUCAGCAUUUUUAAUUAGAUCUGCCACAACUUCUGGACUUGUUUCCGACUUAUGUUGUUUGAAAGCGUCUCGAGUUCGGCGUAUAAAAAAUUCUCUGAGCGAUAAAACAACGAUAUUAAAGUUAGCAGAGAUUUUAUGGUUCUUUUACUAUAAAAGCAUUUUUAAAAAUAUACAUUCUGUUUUAUGUCAACACACCUAAAAUUAUAGCCAGUGAAACUUUUGCUUUCUCUGAGCAUCGUUUUGUACAGAGUCAAGACCUUUCCACGAGAGGCCAUGUUAACUGGUUGAAUAGACUAUUUCGCGCAGUACUAACUUAAAACUGUUUUUGCAAAAUCAAAAAAAUUGAACAGUUUUUUUUUCAUUACCAAUAAAAUUACCAAGACAAAAUUCAUUAAAAACAUUAUCCAUCAUUUUAGCAUCACCAACCAAUUAUUCGUGCAAAUUCUGAUUCUGUAAAAGGAAUAGUUUUAACAGUUUCAAGAAGACUUUUUUGUUUUCUUAACAGUUCAAUUAAUUUCAUAUUUUUAUUAAAUAUUGAAAUCAUUUCCUUUUUGGAUUUCUCUAAACUUUGGUUUUCGGAUAAAAGACCUUUUAACUGCCUUUUAUCAUGGACGGAUCCCUCCCUCUCAUUUGAUUUCACGACGUGUAAUUCGUCUCUAUAUUUCUUAGCGUCGUCUAGAGCUUUUUGUAGUUGAACGUCUAAACUUCCUUGAUUAUUGUUGAUCUUCUUCUCAACUUUUCUUAGAUUUUGUGUCUUAUUUUUCAAAGUUUCCACUUCCGUUUGAACUCUUACAACUUUUGAUUUUGCUUCAUCAGCCAAUUUAUGUAAUUUUUGCAAUGUUGCUGCUUGAGAAUUUACAGUCUUUUGAGUUUUAUUUAAUUCAUCCUCCAGAGACUUUUGCUUUGACGUUAAUUCGAAAGUUUUAUCUCUCUUUUUCGCCAGUUCUUGACCUGAUCGAUUGAUUUCUUCUUGCAAAACACGAAUUUUGGCUUUGAAAAAUCGGAUUUCAGCAUCGUUAUUCCUUUCUGUUGAUGGAUAUUCUUCAGAUAGUUGUGACUUUAGGGGCUUGGCUGCUUUUUUUGCAAUAGCCGGUUUAGUUUUAGCUUUAGAUACGGAUUUGUUCAGCUGAUUCCGUGACUGUGUUGUUGGUCUGGCUUUUCGAAUUUCGUAAUCUUCUUCAUCAUUCCAUUCAAAAAAGUCAUCUGAGUCUAUUUUUGACAGAAGAGACGGCUUAGAAAAUGAACUUGACGGGCUUCGCAAAACCAAAUCUGCUUCUUGAACUAAUUGGGCUGUUUUAGCCUCUAAUUCUUCAUUUAGACGCCUAUAUUCCUCCUCUUUUCGAAGAAUAUCAUUCAAAUGUUGGUUAUUUGCUGACGUCAUGCAAGUUGUUGAAAACCGAAUCUGACUACCUAAAAAAUUUGAGACUAUAAACAAAACUUCUAAAUUCUUUUACCUCGCAUGAAAUCUCGCGAGAUUUACUCGCCUAUAAAACGAGAGUUUACUUUAUUGUAGCUUUCAGCCUUUCUAAAUUUACUGCACAGAUGAUU